ACUGGGUGUGUAUACAGUAAGUGUAUAUUAUAGUAUUUGCCCUGUCACGUGGGCCGCGGCGCCGUGCCCGCUAUGAUACUUAUUGGCAGCACAACCUGUGCAGACAGCAACGUGCGGGAGGUCACCCCGCAAACAAGACACAAAGGAGCAGGCAGGGCUUCCCGCACCAUUCACAAUAAUUUCCUCCUGUGACCAUACCACCCAACAUGACCCUCUGCAGGAGGGACAAAAUGCUCUGCUUCUGGACUUUUCAUUUAUGAUUGCUGACACCUGUUUUGAACAGGCUAAUGGAUAAAAAUUGUGUUUCAGCACAGGUGAUGGUAAUUAUAAAUGAAGAGGGAAGUCCAGGAGCAGAGCAUUCUGUCCCUCCUGGAGAGGGUCAUGUUGGGAGGUGUGCUGUGACACAGGCACCCCGCAGCAUCACUCGGUGCCUGCUUUCCUCCGCCAGCCGCCCCUGUGAGUCCUAGUAAUACCCCUUUUACACUCGCAUGAAAAUCCCGGGAUAUUGCACGUGAACGCGCAUCAUCCCGGGAUUUCUGUCAGUGUGAAAGGGUACAGGGACAAUUUCCCGGGUCGAGCAUCCCGGGAUUUCAUCCCAGGUCUAAAGCAGGGUUGAACCCGGGACCGUCCCGGGAAGCUGGGUAGUGUGAAAGGGCCCGUCCCGGGAUUCACUACCCGGGACUGUUAAAAGGCCUCCGAUUGGAGCUUUCAUGGGCUCAGAAAAGAUGAUGUCAUCUUUCAGAGCCCUGGGGAGCGUCCUUGAUGCGUGUGAGGAAGGCAGCAUGGCGACCUGGACAGACCAGGAGGUUAGAGAGUUGCUGAGCAUUAGGGGAGAGGAGGAAAUAAUGAGGCAGAUCACAGGCACAGUUAAAGAUGCAGUCAUUUAUAAAAACAUCUCCAAGAUGCUGGAAGCCAUGGGAAUCAUCCGCACACAGCAGCAAGUGUUAAACAAAAUGAAAACUCUUAAAAAGCAGUUUCUGAAGGUGCAUGACAACAACAGGAAAAAGAGCGGUGUUGGCCGUAUCGACUGGCAGUACUAUGACAUCUGUGCCAAUAUCUUUGGAAACACAGCUAUAUGCAGUCCGGUGAGUCUGUCUUCCAGUUCACAGUACACUGCUACAGAAGGCACUCCAGAAGAGACACAGACAAGCAGUGACGUCUGUCCGUCAUCCCCGUUGUUAAUUGACGACACACCUGAGGACAGCGACACAUCCUCCCAGCCGUCCAUAAACACAUCUAGAAACGACGACAGCAUAACUGCAACCAUUGAAGACGUCGUGGAAGCUCAGACCAGUGACAGUGGGACUGUACAAAGUACCGUCACCCCAACUUUACAGAAAAACAUUUACACCGUACCGCCUAGAAGGAAGAAAUUGAACAGAGCGGAGCAAGUGGCUAAAGCCAUGUCAAAUGUCCUUGUCGACCAACUCCGAGAGAUGGACGCUACAAUGUCCGCACAGGAGGAUGCAAGGCUCGACAGGUUUCUAGAGGCAGAACGCCAAAUGCAUGAUGCAUUCCUUUCCCAAGUCAUGACAAUGCAGGAACGCAUGAGUAGAGAGCAGUAUGACCGCCACAGGGAAUUGCACCAAAUGAACAUGGCGUUCUAUGAGCGUAUGACCAAUACCUCAAGAGCACCAAUCCAACACCACAACUCACAAUACCCCCCUGAGCAGGGUUUUUCAUCAUUUACUCCUGGUCCAUACUAUGCCCCAAAUACUGCACCAUCUAGUGCGCAAAGCCCAGAGUUUACUGUAUUGCGCAAUUUGCCGUGAAACACAGUGAAUUUCUUUUUUUUGUUGUUAUUUGUUGUUAAAUAACCACAGUGUGGUCAUUGUUUAUGCACAACUGUUUGUGCCUUCUUUCAUUUUUUUUGUAUGUUCUGUUUUGUAUAGUGUCUACAUUAAAGCACUUUUUAUUUAUUUUUUACACAGUAAUAAUAUACUGCAGGGACACUGUGGUUUAUGGUGUUGUAUCUACAAGCCUACCAGUGUUGUUGUUUUUUUUUUUAUGCCAAACAAAACUUGUUUGCAAAUCUAUGCAUAACAUUCCCAUUUGUGCGUAACAGUAGACCAUGUUUGCAGUGUUUUCUACAUUGUUUCUGCAUAUAUACAAAGUUUGUGGCAAUGUGUUUUUUUUGGAAAAACAUAAAUAUUGAAACCAAAGAUCAAAGGUGGAAUACAAAA